AGUUUGAAAGAGUUGCUAAGUGAGUGCAGACACGCACGCUACUCAUUUGUUAUAAAAGGUCAUGAAAAUUAGUGACAAAAAGUGCCUUAGAUUUUUUUUAAAAAUAUAUUAUGCGAAAAAUAAAACUGUAAUUGAGCAAUUUAAAUUUAAAAUUAUACUAAAAGAAGUGUUUUUGUGAAGAAAACUAUCACUUCGAAUCAAAUCAAAAUCUCUGUGAAAAAUUGUGCUUUACAACAAAUAAUAAAUGCGCACCUUCAGUAAAUUUAGUAUUUUCAAAGUGUUCUAUUAAAAACAAUGUAAUUUUUAUGUCUAAAUAAAAAUUAAGGAUUUUUUGAAUCAACACAUGUUCCAUUCGACAGCAGCUUACUCAGAGAUGCCUUCGAUGGCGACUACUGGUGGUCACAAUCCCGUGUCUUUUCAUCAGACGGCUAAUGCGCCCAGCACAGCGCCGGUUUACGUUCCCUCUAGCCGAGCUCUGCCACCCUCCCAGUACGCACCCCACGCAAGUCCUUUUGCCGGCGCCACGCAAAACGGAUGGGCGGCAGACGGAUUCGCAACCACUCACUCACAAUUGCCCCCACAAUUCUAUGCACAAAACGCCAUGAUGAUGAGUUCGUGGCGAGCGUAUGAUCCCACCCGAUUUCAGAGCACAUCACCCUAUGACAGUGCAUUGGACUAUCAAUUUGGAGAGGGUCGCGAGUGUGUAAAUUGUGGAGCGAUAUCUACACCAUUAUGGCGAAGAGAUGGAACCGGUCACUAUCUCUGCAAUGCAUGUGGCCUCUAUCAUAAAAUGAAUGGGAUGAAUCGACCACUCAUUAAACCAAAUAAGAGACUGACAGCUACCCGCCGACUCGGUCUGUGCUGCACGAAUUGUGGCACACGAACAACUACUCUGUGGAGACGGAAUAACGACGGUGAACCAGUAUGUAAUGCUUGUGGUCUUUAUUACAAACUUCAUGGAGUAAACCGUCCACUAGCCAUGAGGAAGGACGGAAUUCAGACUAGGAAAAGGAAGCCGAAAAAAAAUACAACAAGUAGCGUAGAUGGAUUAACACUAGGUGGAAAAAAAGAUGAAGCGAAUGACGAUAUAAAACCAACUGUUGGAGGCAUAUCUAAUAGUGAUUUAACCCAUUCAACUGAACGGAAUUCCAGUACUGCAAAAUCAGUUCAGUCCCAUAACCCCAAUAAAUCACACUUAAUAUCACCUGCAUCGCGGACUCACACCCACCCUUCACCACUCCAUCAUCAGAGUUAUAAUCUCACGACAAGUAUGACACCAACUUCCCAUCAGUCUUCACAUGCUGUUGUAAAUUCCACUGGGUCGCCCAUAGUAACUGCUGCCAAAUAUGAUCUCACGACUCAUCAUGGACAAACAACAGCCAAUAUACAUUCAUCCCACUCGGGUUACCUGCACAACAAUCUGUCCGCGUCGUUUGGCACUGUUAAGACUGAGACUCCACCUAUGAACUAUGAUUACAUGAAUAAUUGCAUACAAAGUGGAUAUUUUGGUGGGAGCUUUGGAGCUCAUCUUCCUAGUCCUCAGGCAACGCACGGAACCACCGAGUUGGCUGGGUACCAUCAUCAGCAUAAUGUGAUCCAAGCAGCUAAGCUGAUGGCAUCCUCUUAAUUUGACUUCUCUCUGUUACAGGGACAGUCUUUUCUAAAAUUUGUAAUGUAAUAAUGUCACAUAGUGCUGAGGACAUGUUGUAGAAGACUUUGAAAAUCUUUGAUCUAUAGUGCAAGUUACUUACAUAAAAUAUAAUAAUUGUAUUAUAUAUAAAAUAAAACAAUAAUCUUAAAACAUCACUCAGUUGCACAUAGUUUUAUAGUCAUGGAUACAAAUAUAAAUCGAAAAAAGUUGUAGUAAUGGUCAUAUGAUAAAAGUAAUAAACAUAGACCAACAUAUUUUUUUAGCCAAUUUGGUAUGAUUUCACUUCAAAAUUUAAUUAACUUUCCAAAUAUUAUAUUUAGUAUUUGUUCCUUGCAUACCUAAUAUUGUUAGGUAAAUCAUUAAAUUGGGACCCGAAAAAAGAAAUUGUCAUUAAUUUUAUACUGCUUUAUAUUUUAAAACCAUACAUAUGUGCUACAUAUUCUUUCAGAACAGCUUUCUAUUCGAAUUAUAAGAUAAAGAAAACAAAUUUUUAUCAGAUAAGAAUUUACUUAUAUGAGUUGGUGGUAAAUCUUAAAGUAGUAAAGAAGACAGAGCUCUUUUGUAAAAUAAAAACAAAAGUAAUACAUUUUUAUUAAGCAGCUUGUAAUUAUUUUCGGUUAGUGAUUAAUUUUUAUUUAUUCAACAAGUUACUGAUUUACUUUACUACGAAUAUAUGGUCAAAAAUUUACUUUUUACUGACCCAAAUAAAUAAAUAAAAAAACGACUGCCCAAAUAUUGUGGAAAAUGUUAUUAAACGUAAAUGGAAAAUGUUGAAUAUUUUACUUGACUUGCUCCUUUUAUUUUAAUUAUAAAUUUCUGAAUAUUCGUGUAAAUCAUGUCAAUUGUUCAACGCAAAUAAAAUGCUUUUAAUUGAUAUAUAUGAAAUGCGAAUCUUACUAACAAUUCGUAUCUAAUGCUCUGGACACACCUACGACUAAAGUGUAGAGAGGAUUAAACUCGUACAUAGCCAAGUUUGUUCCUAACACACUACAAACGCGGAUUACCAUUUACUGGCUUUCACAAUACAUCAAUUUAAGGGUCUUUUAUGCAGAUAUUUCCACUGAUAUGCGCGUGUACUCUAUUGAAAAUAAAACUAUUUCUACAUUUGCCACAAAUCAUGUGUAAUUAUUAUUAUUGUCUAGAAGAGUAUAUCGCGAAAACUGGCUUAAGUCGCGAGAUAGCUUCCACUAAGAUAUAACUUUAGAUAUAACUAAGAUAUAACUUUACAAAUAGUUUCAUUAUCAAUAGAGUACACGUACAUUUCACUAAAAAUAUCUGAAUAAAAACCCACAAAAUUUAUGUUUUAUACUAGUGAAUGCUAAAUUUCGUUUUUAGUAAGUCAGGAACUGACUUGGCUAUGAAUGAGCUUAGUCAUCUCCGGACUUUAUUAUAUUACUUAUUAUGUUGAUGUGGUCCCAAAAGCAGGCUGUGGAACUGCGCCUGGUCAAUCUACUGACUGGUAAAUGUGUCCAGCAUAUAUACUAAAUUAACCUUUGUAAAUCAUAAUUAACUAAAUCCAAUAGUAUUCUGAAUAAUCAAGACAAGGCUAAAGAAAAAACCUAACGAAUAUAAUGCAUUAAUUUAUUAGUGAAAAAAAACGCUAAGUUGAUAUAAAAAGUAUAACCGGAAUACAUCAAAUUUUCCAUCAUCUUGAAAAUUUUCUUAGUAUUGGAAUGAUGUUUUUUUUUUAAUUUUGUGCAAUAAUAAUAAUAAUAUAAAGUUUCUGAAUUGAACAAAAAGUUACAAGAAAAUAUCACUGGUUUUUGUGUAAAUUUUUUGUGGCCUCUUCACAUUAGAGAAAUUGAUGUCCAUGUUUGAUAAAAUUUUUCUUACACAAGCGUAGGCAAUUUGUUUCCAUAUGGACAGACAUUUCUUUAGUGCGUAGAAAUCACUAGUCGGAUAAAUCAUUCUCAGACUAAAGUAUUUUUAUGCCUUUUUAUUAGUGAAAUUUGUAAAACGUGAAGAAUAUAUGCAUAUAACUUUUGUAUUACAACCAUUCAAAUGAUUUACGUAUAGCAGGAUUUACGAAUAGUAAAAUCUUUGUAGAAUUUUGAUUUGAGCAAUCAACUGUGAUUGAAAGAUUUUGUUUGCGAAAUCAAUAUAUAGGUAGUGACAAUAAUUUCGCGAGAUUCUUACUUUUUACAUACCUUAUACCUUUAGCGAUAUCAAUAAGAUAUACCACUUGGUACUUACGGCUUAGUACCAAGCCGUUUGCUGUGCAAGAAAAAAAAAAGAAAUUCGCUACUAACUAAUUUCAAACAACUGAUGUGUAAAAAAGUAGAGCAAAACUUGACUAAAUAUCCAAAGAAAGACUAACCAAGAACCACUGAAGAAGACACGAUAUGUGUCGAAAGCUCUGGUAGAUUGUGUGUUUUAUUUUGGAUUGCACCCAAUACACCGACGCUCACCGGAAGGACAUUCUGUCCUAAAAUACGAGUAUUACCCACCGUCGGCUCAUCUUUCUCUUUGACAAAUAGAGUUCGUCUGAAGGACUCAUGGUGUGACUUAGGAACCAUCAGUCCACCGACUCUAGCCGACCCGCCAGGAGUCAAGAGAGAAUAUACCACAUAAUGAUUUCAUUUGGGCACUCCUUUUAUUACUUGCAAAACCGUAUUUUGCAUAACAGUUUCUAUCAUGCAUCCGUUUUUUUUUUAAAUUGUAAAUUCAACACCACACUUUGUGAAAAAUCAAUUUGAUGAAUAGAUUAGUUUAGUGAAAAUUGUCUAUAUGUAAUUAAUUUUGCUUAACAAUUCCACGGAAAUAUAAUGUACUGGUUACAUCCUAAAUAAGAAAAACCUUAAAUUGAAAUUAUAGUGAUUACAAUUAGAAAUUAUAGUGAUUUACACAUUAGCUUGCAAAAAUCCAUUUCGCCGUUAUUUUACUGACAUUAAGGAGCAAAAUAAAUUUCAAGAAAAAAUAAACAUAUUUAUUUAGUUAGUACUGAGUGCAAAAAUUAUGUUGAAAAAAAAAAUUAUUGAAAAAAAAACAAAAAAUAUUUGUCAAGCAAUCUUAUUUCUUCGAAUCCAUUGAAUGAAUUGAAUAAAAAUAUUCCGUAUAUUCUUUUAAAAGAAAUUAAGACAAUCAAAAGCACUGGGUAGAUUGUUUCAUUUUUUUAAUUUUUAGGUUGCAGUGCAUAUUUAGAUUUGUUUCAAAGCUAUGGCCUAUUUGUAACUAAUAAAGUUAUCUAUUUUUUUAUUUAAUCCAAUCGAAAUACAAUCUUUUUCACUGUUAUAAUCCUAAAAAAAAUAACAAUUUUGUCAAAAAUAACAAAAAGAACUUUUAGUCGGCAUUAAAAAUCUUCAUAAUAAUAUUGUAAUCAAAAACAUUCAUUGGAGUUCAAAAACUUUAUUUUAUGCUGAUUAAUAAUACUAGAUUUAUGCUGUAUAAAUAGCAAUUAAAAAAUAUUAGAAAAAUCAGAAGUUGUGUAUGCGUCUUUUCUAGUUUCAAUUUGCGUAUUUUGAAUUAAAAUUGCACUACCUCUGUCUAAAAAGUCGUAUUUUUGGGUAAAAUUUCUGGAUUAAGAAUCGACUUCUAGGAAUUCUUUAGUUUUAGUUAUUGGUAAGAAUCUUGAAUAUGUUCAAACAUUUACCUUAAAAGAUUCCUUAUUCUCAAUCAAUUUACUUGAAGAAAAAACAGUACGAGUUUUUUGAGACAGUGUGAGAUUUUAUUUCAAAGUUUACUAUUUAAAAUGUAGCUUUCAUUUUAACAUUUAAAAAAAAAACAUAUGUUUAUUAUGCCGUUUUGAUAAGUUUUGAGAUAGCGCUUGACAUGGCCGGCGGAAUGUUUACAAACACAAGUCAUAAACAUGCAUAGAAAUGUUGAAGUUUAUGCCCAACACACACUAACUUCUAUUUUGUAAACAUGUUUUUUGACAUUUCAACAAGUGAGAAUGAAAUCUAGAUGUAGUCAUCUCGCUCUCUCUCAUAAAAAAUUUUGAAAACAUAUUUAUAAACAAAAGUUAUUGUGCGCUGGGCAUUACAAGUACACGAUUUAGAAUAGAAAAUUAAUUUAUAUUAAUAUUAGAAAAGAAGAUAAUUAGAGAACAGUUUCUGAUCGCAGGAUAAAAUUUUAUGUAAAUCAUCUGAUUUAUUUUAUAAAUAUCUUGUUAUUGUGAAUAAAUUAAUGGAAGUUUCCACAUUAGAGCAUUUUAGAUGACCACAAAUAAUUCAAAGACAUAAAUAAAAUAUUAGAUAUAAUAAUAUCUGA